AUGUCGCCAGCCCCUUCAGUAGCCGUUGCCGCUACUGCUUCGCAACAGUUCCCGCCUACUCCACAAAGCACACCCCGCAAUUCCUCUUCCUCGUCAGCUCUACCGCGAUUUAGCGUCAACUCAAAUCUCAUGAAUUACUCAAUACCGAAAAACGGAACAGAGGAUGCAACACAAAACAACAAUAAGAAAUUAGCAGCAGCAGCAGCAACAGCAACAGCAACACCACCACAACUAUCAUCGUCACCAACACAUUCAACCGAUUCUGCUUCCAGGGCAGGCGAGAAACGAGAAAUCCGACGAGGCAAUUCAAGUACACGGACGCGACAACUCGAAGCACAAAUCGAGUCACUGACACUCCAGAACGUUAAAUUACAACGUACCAACCGACUGCUCAAGGUCGAUACAGACAACCUCAUUAAACAAAAGACACAACCGCUCCAGGGAACAAUCCGUGACCUCACCCUCGCCAAUGUGCAAUUACAACGUGCAACACGCCUAUUACAGCAAGAUCUCGACGAGAAAGCGACAGAAAUGGAGAACUUUAAGCGAGACCAAAUCAUGCAAAUGAAAUCCGUUGGUCCAGAAUACGAGUAUCUUGUUCAGAUGGUCAAUCUUUUACAUCGUCAGAUCAGUGGCAAUCCAAAUUGCGAUGAAACAUGCUGCUUCACGCUUGAGCCGAUCAACCAGUCGACGAUUGUAAUGACGCUACCUCCGGAAAACGACCAGCAGGAGAUGGAAGCACAACAUAUCUGCAGGCCCAUUGUGCACUCAUCCAUCUCCCAGGGCUCGUACGCUAUGGAGCUGGAAAACAAGAUCCUGCGGCUAGAGCAGGUGAUCGAGGAGCUCGAUGUCGAGAAGGAGCAAAUGUUACGUCAGCAAGCCUACAAGGACAAUGACAUUGAGACGUUGAAAAGGGAGUUGCGCAUCAAAGACGACAUUGUGUCACAAUUAGAAGGGGAUUUUCUAAAUCUCGAGGAGCAAUUGGCACGCUUGCAACAGGAGUUGAACGACCGAUGCGACAUGUCUUACCGAGAAGGAACCCUUAGGCCGCAGCCAGCCCCUCAACCGAGAGUAGAGGAGCAAGUGCAUGAUCCAAAACGACAAUCGCAGCUGCUUAUGGCAACCAAACGACGGUCACUGGCCAUUAAAGAUACCGAGGUACUUGAACGGAUGCUUCGCGGCGAUCUGCAACAACCAGCCGCAAAAGAUCAUCACCAAGAUGGUAUCAACGCAGUUAAUGAUGAAGACGACGACGACGACGACGACGACGACGACGACGACGAUGACGAUGAUAACGCUAGCACAGAAACGGAUCGAGACACCAACAUGACAACGCCUCCACGAUCAAACAGCCCGCGAGAGCAACUCGACGAUGAGGUGGUGUUGCUGGCAACGGAAAAGCAGCCGGCCCAAGACCGACAACGGGUGCUGUCAUUUUUAUCAUGUGGCGUUCUGCCGUGCGCCUAUCCGGUGCAAUCAUCACAGCCGAUUUCCAGAUUGGAAGACAACGAUCCGUUUGCUCCGUUUACGGUGAUGACCGUCUUCCUAGGCCUGGCUGCGCAGAUGGGGAUCACGGACGACUGGACGGUGCCCAUCACUUUGGCGGCCCUCGUAUCUGGCUUCUUGUGGUCCGGUGCUGCACAGGGCGUGCAGUUGAAGCUCAAAUUCAAGUAG